ACUGCACCCUKGCAGAAUUGCUGAUAAUUAUUAUUAUUUUUUUAUUAAGUUUAUUUUUAUAAUUUGAACAGUAGUACAAAACAUUGCAUGGACUUUAAAUGGCAGCAUACCCGCGUGAUGAUCAAAUGAAAUGGUACCACGGCCGCUUAACACGCGAGGCCGCUGACGAUUUGCUAAAACAAGGUUGCGAGGAUGGCACAUUUCUGGUGCGGGAGAGUAGCACGGCAGCUGGCGAUUUUGUAUUGAGUCUGCUCUAUCAGGGCGAGGUCUGUCACUAUCAAAUCCGACGUCACGGCGAAGACGCCUUCUUCUCUAUCGAUGACAAGGGACAAACUAAGAUAUUGCAUGGCUUGGAGACAUUGGUGAAAUACUAUCAGCAGGAGCCAAAUGGACUGAUUACGAAGCUAGCACAACCUCUCAUUGGUGAUCCACCGCCACCUAAUACUCGAAGCCAGGGCGUGACAAACCUGCUGCACCGUGCCACCAGCAAGAAUGAGAGCAAGGUGGUAAUUGAACUACUGAAGUGCGGCAAUCGCAAUUUCGAUGCAAAGAACAAGGAUGGCCAGACGGCGUUGCAUCUGGCUGCCAUCAAUUGCAAUGAGGGCAUACUGAAGUUGCUACUGGAUGCGGGCGUCCAAGUGAAUAGCUCCGAUUCGUUCGGCUGGCAGCCUCUGCAUUAUGCCUGUCGCAAGAAGGAUGCCAGCUUCAUACGCACCUUGAUUGCCGCAAAUGCGAACGUGCAGUGCCGUAACAUUGAGAACGGCCAUGUGCCGCUGCAUGAGGCUGCCAAGUAUGGCAAUCUGGAAGCGGUGCAGGAGCUGCUGGCCGCACAUGCUCCACUGCUGCCACGGACCAGCGCUGGUGAGUUUCCCUUCGAUCUGGCCAAAGAGGCGGAACAGACGGCAGUCGAACAAUUUCUGCUCAACUACAAGCUGCCGCCAGCUAACACGAGUCGCGAGCUGUGGUAUCAUGGCACCUUGAAGCGCGACGAGGCAGUGGCCAUACUCAAGAACUAUGCCCAACAGCAUGCGCGUGAGAUCAGCACGGAUCAGCCGCUGGACACUUCCGGCUAUUUUCUGGUACGUUACUCUGAAUCGCCGGCAGCAUCGGGCUAUGUCUUAACGCUGCUCGGCGAUCAGGUGGUCAAAAACUUUCUCAUCUCACAAGCGGAUCUCUAUCAGAACGGCAACAAGCUGACCUCGAAUGGGUCAAAAUAUAUGUACAUUGAUGAUGGCCCCUAUUGGCCCAGCUUGGAGCACUUGGUGGCGCAUUAUAUGCGUUUCUCUUACGGCCUGCCCGUGAGCCUAAAGUAUCCUGUGCCGCCGCAGCCCAAGCCGGAGCUGCCAUCGUUUGCCACCAUACCACGUCCCAAACACAAGUUACGUGAAAAUCCACCAAUCAGUCCGCUUCCCAGCGGCUCCAGCAAGCACCCGCCUGCCUUGACCAUAAACAACAACAUAACAAAGAAGAAACAGAAAGAGAACAGCAGCUCCAUGUUCAAUACGCUGCGCAUCGUAAGCCCCAAGAAGAGUCUCUUCGACAUGAACAGUCUGCGCAAGAGCAAAACGAAGAACAAGCGCAGCGAUUCGGAGAGCAGCGUCAGCCUGGUGGCUGCAGCCGAGGAACUGCAGGCGGCAGUCCCCAUGCUAAAGAAUCUCUCCUUCUCAACGGAUUUCAGCAAUUUCAAUGUGGAUGCGGGCGAUGUGUACAAUGUGCCGCGGAACAAUACGCCAAUCGAUCUGCCACCCAUUGCCAACAAGACUGAGGACGAGGUGGAGUACUACACCAAGAGCGAUGUGGCCAUUGAGAGGGAACGUCUCGCUGAACUAACAUCGAAUGGCUAUUUGCCUACCACAGAUGUGCACAUGCUAUUGGACCAGGAGGUCAAACAAUUGGAUGGCAAACAUAUGUUACGCUUGGACUCCAUGAUAUCCACUGGCUCCACCGAGAGUGAAAUGGCCAGCUAUCUGCAACGCAAGUGCAGCGGAGCCGGAGCUGGAACAAUUGGAUUAAGCAGCGCGGAACUGGAGGCAGCCAAGCAACGGUUCCUUAUAAACCGUGACCAACUGGAGCUAGAGAGUGAGAUCGGUGCUGGCGAAUUUGGUUCCGUCUACAAGGGUUGGCUACGACAAGCGAAUGGCCAUCGUUUGGAGGUGGCAAUCAAGACACUGCGCGACGAGGAGCAGCAGGCGAUCAACAAGCAAGAGUUUCUGCGCGAAGCAUCUGUGAUGAUGCGACUGGCGCACAAGUGCAUUGUGCGUCUAAUUGGCAUCUCGAAGGGCGAGAUGCUGAUGAUGGUGCAAGAACUGGCACCACUGGGCUCCAUGCUGCAGUACAUUCUGGAUCACAGUACCGAGGUCAAGGUCAACUACGAGCUGAAGCUGUGGGCCUCGCAAAUAGCCUGCGGCAUGCAUUAUCUGGAGACGCAGCAUUUUGUGCACCGCGAUUUGGCCGCCAGGAACAUAUUGCUGACCUCCAGACAGCAGGCCAAGAUCAGCGACUUUGGCAUGUCGCGUUCCUUGAGUGCGGGCAGCGAUGAAUAUCAUUUCACUCAAGGGGGACGCUGGCCGAUCCGCUGGUAUGCGCCGGAGAGCUUCAACAAUGGCAUUUUCUCGCAUGCGAGCGAUGUUUGGUCCUUUGGCGUCACAUUGUGGGAGAUGUUUUCUUUGGGCGCACCGCCCUACGGGGAUAUAUCCAAUGUGGAUGCCAUCAAGCUGGUGGACAGCGGACAGCGAUUGCCACAGCCAAAAGUCUGUCCGGCGUACAUCUAUGCGGUAAUGCAAAGCUGUUGGAACUAUCAUCCCAGAGAGCGGCCCACCUUCGCUUAUCUAAAGGAGUUCUUCAAUCGUGGUCCCGAGUAUCAGAAUCUUCCAGAGCUGGUCCAAUCGGUGCAUAUCUAGACAUCAGCUUUACUCUAUAUAUAAUUUCCUUCAAACUGUGCAAUUUCUUUUACACCUACUACAU